AUGGGAUUGCACGCUAAUCUCUCUUCACCUCAUUUCAAUCUCAAUCACUCACCCCCCACUACCACCUUUUGGCCGGCACACCAAACUGUUACUGCUGCUGCAACCAUGGCCUCACGAGCACAAUCCCCUGCUGUAUCACCAAAUAUCACUGCUCCAUCUCACCUACCGACAUUUCCUCCCAUCACUACUGCUGAACAACUUGCAACACCUCUUCCUCGACCCAUUUCCACCACUGCCGAGGCAUUAGUGGCCACCACCGGGGCCUCUCAACAUGUGGUGCCGGUCUCACAAGCUUUUUCUACCAUAUUAUCGGACCUGAACCCAGCUCAGCCACCUCGCUUCGCUGUGGGCUCUUCUACCAACCCCACUCCAAGUUCCACAAGGGUUAGGAAGUUCAAGCCUCAGCGUCCCGACUGCUUGAAUGCUGCUGAAUUUAGAAGAAUGCUCAAACGCACACGCAAUCUAGCCAAAUCCCUUGAGGAUGAGACUGUUGAAGAGGCGGCUAGAGCCAUGAGCAUCAUCAGCUGGAAUGCUCGUGGAUUGGGGAAUAAACGAGCAUUCCGUUCUCUCUCCCUGUUGGUGAAGCAAAACCGCCCAACACUUUUGUAUAUAAUGGAGUCUAAACUCCCUGUUGGAGCUUUAAAUAAGUUUGCUUCGAGUCUUAAAUUUCCUAAUGGUUUAGAGGUCCCACGUGUCGGGCUUAGUGGUGGUCUUUUGUUGCUCUGGACACAUGAUGUGGAUGUAACCUUGCUUUCAUAUAAUAUAAGUCAUUUUCACUGUUAUCUUAAGUUUCCUAACUUUAAUGCUUUUACUUUCACUGCUUUUUAUGGUGCGCCUCAUGCCCGAAAUAAAUUGCACUCCUGGCAUUUAAUAGAUCGACUGGGUUCUAACUCUAGGCUUCAGCCAUGGCUCAUUAUGGGCGAUUUCAAUGAUUACCUGUCCCUUUCUGACAAAAUAGGGGGUAAUAUGUCUCGAACUCCAUCCACACAAUUCCAAUCAUUCAUAGACAAUUACGAACUUCACCCUCUCACGCCGUUAGGAAACCUCUUUAGUUGGACUAAUUGCCAAAAGCAACCACAUCACACUCAGGAACGGAUUAACUGGUGCCUCUCUAACGAGGCUUGGGAUGCCAUCUUUCCCGCUUCCCAUCUCAAUCACGGUGAUUUUUUUGGCUCUGAUCAUCGCCCUCUUAUUCUCAACUUGCAUCACAUGAGCGAUCCUCGCACUCCUACUCCACGCUUCAUUUUCGAUAAACUUUGGAUGUCUGAACCUGGAUUUGAGGAUUGCUUGCGUGAAGCCUGGACCCAGACCACUUCAAAUACUCACUCCAAUCCUUUAAUUGAUCUUAAUGAAAGACUCACAAAUUGUUCCUCUCGGCUCAAACAUUGGAAGAAGUCUUUGGGCCCCCCGCUUACUACCCAAAUUCGUAUUGUCCAGUCCCAGCUCAAAUUAAUCAACUCUUUACCCAAUCCUACAAACGAACAAUUAGAACAAAGUCAAAAGCUUGAAGAAGAGUUGAGUGGCUUAUUGCAAAAAGAGGAAGUUUACUGCCAGCAGCGCUCUCGAGUCACAUGGCUUAAACUUGGAGAUAAAAAUACCCGUUACUUCGAUCGUAUGGCUUCCCAGAGACGCACCACCAAUAAAAUUCUCUCCCUUCAACGUCUGGACGGUUCCUGGGCUAAUGAUACGCCCUCAAUCUUGGCAACCAUUGAGCAAUAUUUUACUACACUUUUCCAAAGUCAAACGCCUGACAAUGAAGUCAUUGAAUACGUUCUUUCAGGCAUCUCCGAGAGUCUUACACCUGCUGAAAUUGAUCUCCUUCAGGCCACUUUCACGGCUAGUGAAGUUAAAACUGCUACAUUCCAACUCGCCCAUGAUAAAGCCCCGGGAUUAGAUGGUUAUAGUGGUAGUUUCUUCCAAAAGAAUUGGCACUUGCUGGGUCAAGAUGUUACCAUUGCUGCUCUCAACUUCCUCAAUGGGGAUGCAGACUUAGCAGCCAUCAAUCAAACGCUCAUUGUUCUUAUACCGAAACGGACUAAUCCUGAGCAGAUCACUGACUAUCGACCCAUCAGCCUUUGCUCUACCUUCUAUAAAAUCAUCUCAAGGGUCUUAGUCAACUGUCUUAAGCCCAUUCUCAGUCGCAUCAUUUCUCCUGCACAAAGUGCUUUUCUUCCUUCACGUUUAAUCUCGGAUAACAUUAUCAUCGGUCAGGAAGUCAUGCAUUCUCUCUCUCAUCGUAAAACCGGCCGACUGGGAUGGAUGGCAUUAAAACUAGAUAUGGCCAAAGCUUUUGACCGGGUCGAAUGGGUCUUUAUUCGUAAGGUUAUGGAAAAAUUCUUAUUUCCCAAGCGAUUCAUUGAGCUUAUUAUGGCCUGUGUCUCCACAGCUACCUUCUCCUUCUCCCUUAACCAACAAGUUCUUGGAUCAGUCAAACCUACUCGUGGCAUUCGCCAGGGAGACCCUCUUUCUCCAUAUUUAUUUCUUCUCUGCUCUGAGGGUCUUUCUUCGCUCAUCAACUCUAAAUCCCAGCAACGCCAACCUCGGAGUCAUGCCCUUGGCAUUAAAAUUGCUCGGCGUGCCCCAACCAUCUCCCAUCUCUUUUUCGCUGAUGAUAGUCUCCUUUUUAGCUCAGCUUCUGUUAAAGCUGCGACCACCAUCCAAGGUAUUCUUUGUGACUACAGCCGUGCCUCUGGACAACUGGUCAAUUACACUAAGUCGGGCUUGUAUUUCUCUCCAAACACGACUCCUGAACUUCAGCAUGAAAUCGCAACGCUUCUUGGCAUCCCUGUUCGGGAAACGAUGGAUAAGUACCUGGGUCUUCCUCAAGCUUUUGGGAGAUCUAAGAAGGAUGCUUUCAACUACAUCAACGAUCGUGUUUGGUCUCACUUAAAUAAAUGGAAUUCUAAAGUCUUUUCCAAGGGUGGUAAAGAAGUUCUUUUGAAAUCAGUUGUUCAGGCCAUUCCUUCUUAUGCUAUGGCGUGUUUUAAACUCCCUGCAUCCUUCCACUCUAAGAUUGAAUCCCUUAUGGCUCGGUUCUGGUGGGGCGGCACUGAGACCACCAGGAAAAUCCAUUGGAAAUCUUGGUCUUUUCUUUGCUUUUCAAAAUUCCAUGGUGGCCUUGGGUUCCGUUCUAUGAAAGCGUUCAAUCAGGCGAUGUUGGCCAAACAAGCUUGGCGGCUACUCCAUUAUCCUCAUUCGCUAGUGGCCACACUACUUAAAGCCCGAUACUUCCCACACACUAGCUUCCUGCAAUCUGGCAAAGGCCAUAGACCUUCUCUUGUUUGGUCGAGUAUUACUUGGGGCAAAGAACUUCUUCAGUCAGGCCUUAGGAAAUCAAUUGGUGAUGGCACUACCAUCAAUAUUUACAAUGAUGCUUGGAUCCUUGGUUAUGGAAAACUAUCCUUUUUAAGAUACCAUUCGAAUGCUGAUAUGACCGUGGCUGACCUUAUCACACCUACUAAACAAUGGAACCAUGACACUAUCCAGUCACCCUUUCCCACAGACAUUACACAAGCUAUAAUUUCCAUUCCCCUUCAUAAAAUCUCCACUCCGGACACAUACUACUGGUCCCUCACCCCUCAUGGUUCAUACGCAGUCAACUCUGGUUACCACCUUGCCCAUAGACAGCUUCACCACACCGAACCUUCCCCCUCCAAUAACAAAUCCUCUCAUGAUUGGUGGAAAGCUCUUUGGAACCUUUCUUUGCCUCCUAAAGUGAAACACUUCCUUUGGCGUGUCUGUCAUGACAUACUCCCUACAAGUCGAAACCUUUUUAACAGAAAGACUAUAACUUCUCCCCAUUGCAGCCGAUGUCAGUACCGCGAUGAGACCCUAGAACAUGCUCUCUUCAGAUGUUCUGCUGCCCAGAAGGUAUGGAAACUGACUGAUUUUAAAGCUUUUAUUUGUACACAUUCUUCACUUAGCUGUAUGGAUUUAUUAUAUCUUGCUGCCACUGAAUUUACUAUUGGACAAUAUCAUCUCUUUGUUUGUUUGGUGUGGAAGCUCUGGAACUGCAGGAACAUUUGGCUUCAUGAAGGUCUAUCCCUUUCUCCAAACCAGAUCAUUCGUGAUGCCUCCAUGUACUUUGAGCAAUACAAGAACUGCACCACGCAAGAACCAACACCUUCACCAGCGCAGGAGGAUCAUUCCUUACUUCAUGAUAGCCGCACAUCGCCUCCAACAUUUCACCAUCGCCUCUUCGUGGACGCUGCUCAAGAUUCCCAGCUCCUCAAAAUGGGCUUCGGCAUGACCAUCCACUCUAAUACAGGUGACGUUCUCCUCAAUUUAGCAAAGCCUAGAAGUGGAAUAACUACACCUUUACUUAUGGAAGCCCAAGCACUUCAUUCAGCUUUAGUUUGGUGCCAUGAACACUCCUUUUAUCCGGACAGUGUUGUUUCAGAUUGUAAUGUGUUAGUCAAUUACAUUUGUAAAAAUGAUACCCAUAAUCUGCACCUUAACCCAUUUGUCACUGAUAUUAAAAGCUUGCUCUCUUAUUUCCCUAUUAUGUCUCUUAGCUACAUCCCUAGAGGGGCAAAUCAUGCUGCCCAUUGUCUAGCUAAGACAGCUUUAGGUUUAGAGCAGGAAGCUUUCUGGAUAAAUCCUUCUUUCCAAUCUUCUCUGUAA